UUUAACCCGCAAUUGCUGUAUUAAAAUUUAACCAAAAUUGGAGUAUACAGUUAUACACUUUUUAAAAUGAAUGGAUCAUCGGAGUAAGCUUCCCGGUGAAAUGUUCUGUCGUUCGUUUUAGAAACCCUCGUCCGUUGAUAUCAACAAGGGUGAAAAUGUAUCUGAAGACACCGUUUUGGAGGGACCGAUCAAACCCGGGAACUCAGGAUGAUUCGCAAUCUCCGGUGGAAGACCUGGUCAACUUGCUGGAUAGGCAGAGACUGUACAGGGAGAUCUCACUUGCACUCCGGACCGGCCUAAGCGAUGCACGCGCUGAGUUCUCCUUUCUCCGAGUACGUGGCCUUCGCCGCAUUCUCAAGUUCCUCCGAUCCGUGGCCGAGUGCGACGCCACCAUCAAUCUCUUCAUCCACAGCCAAUCUAUCCCUGAGCUUCAAGUGGUUCCAGUGCUUUUUGAACAUUCACUGAGAGAACACGAGGAUCAGAAUGUGGCGAGCCUUGACCAUAUAUUCACCGUUGAACCUCUGGGAAUAACCAGUCCUUCUACUGAUGGUGAAGCUGCCAUUGCACUUAGAGUCUUGGAAGGGUGUUGCCUUCUUCAUCGAGAGAGCACUGUUUUGGCUCAUAAAUACAAGGCCAUUCCGGUCUUAAUGAACAUGUUAUCAAAUCGAGGGGUACUUGAGCAAGGUGCUUGUUUAGAUGCAUUGAUUUCGAUUCUGCUGGAUUCAUCUACAAAUCAAAUGGAAUUUGAGGCUUGCAAUGGCAUAGAGGAGGUUGCUUUACUAAUCAGAGGCAAACAAGUAGAUGAAAAUCUAAGGUUGAAAUGCGGUUGAAAUGUUUCCCCCUGAUUAUUUUGUUCGAUUUGACCAGGUUGAAAUGCGGAGAGUUUCUCUUGCUUCUUAUAGGGCAUGUGAAUGAGGGGAGGGAUAAAUUGCCCAUGGCAACAAUACAGGAUGGUGUGAGGAGGUACCUGGGUGAAAAAACUGCAUCAUUGAUAUGGGCAGCUAGCCAAUUCGGCUCCACCCUUGAUCCUGAACAACGCUUAAAUGCUCUUCACAUCCAAGCUCGUCGGGUCCUUGAGUCAAUUGAUUUAUAUUGAGCUAAUGAGCCACUACUAUUAUGAUUUUUCCCUCAGUUACCUAUGGAAGGUCCCACUCCAGUAUCCACUUUCCAUUUAUGCAGGUACUCUGGUAUCUGAGGCGUUUUUGUACAAGGUUUUGGUGAAAACCCCAAACUGCAAGUGCCAGCAGACAUUAAAUUCUUGCCAAAUUAUCCUUCACUUGAUGAAGGUUUAGACUUUAGAGUUAUGGGACUAAAGUUGCAUGUAAAGCAGCUAGCUCUACAAUUUAAUUAGAUCAUUUCUUAGUUACUCCGAAUGACAUAUGAGGCCAAACCUUCAAUUUAUCCUACACUAUAUGUUGAGGUGAAAUUCUAGGUAUAAAUUUAAAAUGCGUGGUUGGAUAAUUUAUGUUAUUUCAUCAUUUAUGUUGAAGAUUAUUUAUUUCUUAUGUA